GGGAAAACCUCAGUGUUGUGAAUUCAGCUCUCCUGCAGACCCCAAAAUAGAAGAAAUCAGCUCCAAAAAUUUCUUCUUCCUCUUUUCUUUCCCUUAGAUCCUUAGAACCCUUCAGUAGGGUUUUGACGAUAUUGUAUUGGGCCAAUUUCUAAAUAUCAUUUUCGAUUUUUUGGGGAAACAGUUAUCAUUCAUGAAAACUUGGAAAUUUCUAUUUCUCUGUUUUGUUGUGUUAAAUUUAUUGUCUUUAACUUUCAAUUAUGGCGUUUCGCAAUCGGAUGAACAGCAGAAGAACAAGUUUCGCGAGCGUGAGGCAACUGAUGAUGCACUUGGUUACCCCAAUGUCGAUGAGGAUGACCUGUUGAAUUCGCAAUGCCCUCGGCAUUUGGAAUUAAGAUGGCAGACUGAAGUGAGUUCUAGCAUAUAUGCAUCGCCUUUAAUUGCCGAUAUCAACAGUGAUGGAAAGCUUGAGGUAGUCGUUCCUUCUUUCGUGCAUUACUUGGAAGUCCUAGAAGGUUCUGAUGGAGAUAAAUUGCCAGGAUGGCCUGCCUUUCAUCAGUCGACUGUUCAUUCUAGUCCCCUCCUAUAUGAUAUUGACAAGGAUGGUGUGAGAGAAAUAGGUUUAGCUACCUACAAUGGUGAAGUCCUCUUUUUCAGGGUGUCAGGUUACUUGAUGUCAGAUAAACUAGAGAUUUCUAGGUUGAAAGUGAAAAAGGAUUGGUAUGUGGGAUUGCAUCCAGACCCUGUAGAUCGUUCCCAUCCAGAUGUUCAUGAUGAUCAGUUGAUCCAAGAGGCUCUUAUGGAGUCAAUGACUCAACGCAAUGGAAGUACGCUUGCAGCAAAGAGUUCAAUCUCCUUUACACCAGAAGUCCACAAUUCAUUGAACACAUCGACUCCUACACCUGAAGUUCGUCAUGAUGCAUCUAAUAACACAAUUUCUACAACCGAUGUUCAACAUGAUGUACAGAAUGCAUCUAAUCUGGGGAAUCCAGGAAAAAAGGACGUUAGUCAAGCAAAUGCAGAGAUCAAUAUGCCACAGAACAUUAGUAGCAAUACAUCUUCUGAUUCAAACACAAGGAGAAGGCUUCUUGAAGAAAGUGUAUCUGAUUCUGGAUCCAAAGGUAAUGACGCUGAAGAUGUUCAUGCUGCUACUGUUGAAAAUGAGGGAGGCUUGGAAGCGGAUGCUGAUUCAUCAUUUGAGUUAUUCCGGGAUAGUGAAGAGUUGGCUGAUGAGUAUAACUAUGAUUAUGAUGAUUAUGUUGACGAAACCUUGUGGGGAGAUGAGGAAUGGACUGAAGCACAACAUGAGAAAUUAGAAGAUUUUGUGCAUAUAGAUGCACAUGUUUUGUGCACUCCUGUUAUAGCAGACAUAGACAAUGAUGGGGUGUCAGAGAUGAUUGUUGGAGUUUCUUACUUCUUUGACCAUGAGUAUUAUGACAAUCCAGAGCGUUUGAAGGAACUUGGUGGCAUUGAGAUUGGAAAAUAUGUUGCUGGUGGUAUUGUUGUCUUCAAUCUUGACACAAAGCAAGUUAAAUGGACUGCACAACUGGAUCUGAGUACAGAUACUGGAAGCUUCCGUGCCUACAUAUAUUCAUCUCCAACAGUUGUUGAUUUGGAUGGUGAUGGGAAUUUGGACAUCCUGGUUGGAACUUCUUAUGGUUUGUUUUAUGUAUUGGACCACAAGGGACACGUGAGAGAGAAAUUUCCACUUGAGAUGUCUGAAAUUCAAGGGGCAGUAGUUGCAGCCGAUAUCAAUGAUGAUGGCAAGAUUGAACUGGUGACUACUGAUACACAUGGAAAUGUUGCAGCUUGGACUCCACAAGGAAAAGAAAUUUGGGAAGCACAUGUUAAGAGCCUUGUUCCACAGGCAAGUCACAAUUUCUUGACUCCUAAAUACGGUAAAUUCAAACUAGAUAUAAUGUUUGUGUAUGACAGGAGAAUUAUUAUUUUUUCUCAGGGUGCCACGAUAGGUGACGUGGAUGGGGAUGGUCAUACUGAUGUUGUCGUUCCAACAAUAUCUGGAAAUAUAUAUGUUCUGAGUGGCAAGGAUGGGUCGAUGGUACGGCCCUAUCCGUAUAGAACUCAUGGUAGAGUGAUGAAUCAAGUUCUUCUAGUUGACUUGAGCAGACGCGGGGAGAAAAAUAAGGGACUAACAAUUGUUACUACAUCAUUUGAUGGUUACUUAUAUCUAAUUGAUGGACCCACAUCGUGUGCUGAUGUUGUGGAUAUUGGAGAAACAUCAUAUAGCAUGGUUCUGGCCGACAAUGUCGACGGUGGAGAUGAUCUUGAUCUUAUAGUGACAACCAUGAAUGGCAAUGUCUUCUGUUUUUCUACUCCUUCUCCACAUCAUCCACUCAAGGCAUGGAGAUCACCGAAUCAGGGCAGAAACAACGUUGCACAGCGCUAUGGCCAUGAAGGAAUCUAUGUUACGCCAUCAUCAAGAACUUUCCGUGAUGAAGAAGGCAAGAGUUUUUGGGUCGAAUUAGAAAUUGUAGACAGAUACAGGUUUCCAUCUGGCUCCCAAGCACCUUAUAAUGUCACGAUAAGUUUGUUGGUUCCCGGCAAUUACCAAGGAGAGAGAACGAUUAAGCAAAAUCAAGUCUUUGAUCGUUCUGGAAUACAUCGUGUUAAACUUCCAACUGUAGGAGUUAGGACUGCCGGGACUGUUCUAGUAGAGAUGGUUGACAAGAAUGGACUCUAUUUUUCAGACGACUUCUCCCUUACCUUUCAUAUGUAUUAUUACAAGCUGUUAAAAUGGCUUCUAGUCUUUCCAAUGCUGGGAAUGUUUGGGGUUCUUGUCAUCCUGCGCCCACAAGACGCCAUGCCUCUGCCAUCAUUUUCGCGAAACACUGACUUGUGAUAUUGAGCAGCCAAUGAAAAUUUGAAGUGUAUAUUUGGCAUUACACAGCAAUCGAGGGUUGUCAUCUUCAGAAUCCUUGUGCUGGAAAAACUAAUUGGAUCAAAUUUGAUCUCUGAGAGAUCUUCAACAUCUCCUCUCCGCUACAGAGCCUUUGUGCCAGAAACGAAACUUGGUUGUGUUUGAAACUACUAGGCAAAUGUUGUAAUUUGGGGCUUCUUGUCGAGUGGUUUUCUAUGAUGUAAUUGAACUCCUUCCUUCGCCAAUAAAUAUACGGAAACUUAGAUUUUUGACCCUAUACACCAUUUGAUUUUAGUGGAUUUUGUAGUCAUUUUUAA